AUGGCGCUGCCCUCAGGAAUGCAAUUAGUACGUGCUCUAGACGACUCCAAUUAUAGCCCGCUCUUGCCAAUCGAUGGUGAGAAGACGUCCGGAUCUACUAGGAGUGUGCAACGCACGAUUUUGCUUCCGCUAGAGUGUCAAGAGACACUGGACACAGAUAUGGACAUUGACGUUGACGUAUUUCGUCCAAGUGCUAUGCUCGAUCCUCAAUUAUCUGAUGCCUUUGGCGAGUCGAAUGAACUUUUGCUUGGCACGCCUUAUCAGUCGGAAUUGGUUGACGCAGAAGAAGAUAUAGAACAAAUGUUACUUUAUGGGUCAGAAGAAGCUUUAGCGGUACAAAAUCAUCAUCAACACCAAACAGCACCUGGUCAAGGCUGCCAAUGUCGGAUUUUUGCUAUCAAGGCGAGUCAUGUACAAGCACAUCAGGAGGGAGUUGUUGUGGAGUCGAUGGCUGCGAAAAAUCAAAAAAGAGUGCUGCGUCAUACAUUUGGGUCAGGAAAACGCUUACCCGGUUUCGGAUUUGAAAAUAAAGUAGUCUUAGACCAGACACAGCGACAAGAUGUUGCGAUGGACGAUGGACACUUGACGCUGAUGAUUGAUUCUGGUUUACAGAGUCAGGAAUUACAAUUGGAGGGGUUCGACAGGCAGUCUACACGAAAGAUAAUGGAGCCUGUUUUAGUACCACAAGAAGAGGAAGGAACGUUUUCUUCUGAGUACAUUUCGCGCUCUUUGAUCAAAAAUCAGGGUUUUGAUAGCCCAUUGGCCAGUCAUCCACUGUCUGCUGUUUCCAGUCCUUUAAGUGCAACAAGCUUUGUGUCACUGGAGAGUAUGAUGGCUACACCAUUGUCAACGACAUCACGGGGUUCAGCACAAUUAGAAAUACCGUUAAUUAUGCGUUCAUUAUCACCGGCAGAUGAGCUUGAAAAGAUGGCAAUAAAUAAUUCGAAGACGUCGAUGACAAAGCUGAAUAUGUUGAAAGGGAAUUUUCAAGUAUCUCAAGGACACGAAUGUGUGCCACUUGUUAAACCGACGGCAAUGCUACCACCGCCGUAUUUACGUGGAGCUUUGGAUUCUCCUGAAAAACGACUUUCUAAAGUUGCGCUCAUGGACUCUUCGGGUUGUGUAGUAGGCUUCGGAGCCAUUUUUCUCCGUCCACUUCGGUACUUGCUCGAUGUUGAGACGAAUAUCCAAAUUAUUCCUAUAGAAGAAUCAGCAACAGAAUUACCACUUGAAUCUGUUUAUGUACAUCUGAGAGUAGCAAUUCAACCGCCUGUUUUGGAGCGUGACCAACUACUUGAAGACUUCCAGUCAUCUCACUUGACAUGCAGUGACUUAUCAGACGAUAUUCAAGCGGAAGCCCAAAGUAAUAGUCCUUUAAAGUAUACACAAGACUGCAAAGUGAGAUGUCUUGAUGAGGCAGAAGAGAAAACCUUAAAUUCUUUGCGAGGGACGUAUAUCUGGCUACUUAUCCGGAUGCAACCUUCAAGUGAACAGAAUACCUUUGGUAUACUUGCUGCAAGAGAGAAAGCUUUGCAUGUGCAAUAUCAGAUUUUGGCUUCAAGUGAAAGCUUUUGUUUUCCACUUGAUCACUCAAAUAUUAUCAAACUUUUAGUUACUGAUGAACUUAUCGACAAUGUGGACACCAAAAUGUUGCAAUUUACUUUUUUAAACAUUUCAUCGUCAAGGUCAAAAGCUUUAGAAAGUGAUUUAAAAUCUAUAUCGACUUCAACCGCUGACUCAAUUGCAUUAGCUGCUAGUGAAGCAGCUGCAGCAGAGGAAGUUCAACGACGACAAAGAGUUGAAGUUGAACUUGCAGAGGCAAAGUCCAUAGCUCAAUUUAAAGAUCGCGAGUGUUUGGAGGCUCAGCUUCAAUCGAAACGAGAUGUUCAAAGGGCAUUGGAUCUUGAACAUGCGCGACACGAACAGGAAUGCGCAAGGACGUUAUUAGAGCAGAAAUUAGCGGAACGAGAACAUCAGAAUGAAGAGCUUAAGCAAGCUCGAAAACAGUUGGAAGAUCAGCUACUUGCUACCACAAUUGACAGCACGAAACGCUUUCAAGUGUCUGUUGCUUCCAAUGACCAAGCACUUGAGAUGCUUAAGCAACGUGCAAUUAGCGAUGCAAACGAACGUGAAGAUCUGAUGCGACGAUUACGCCGCUAUCACAUAAAUAUGUCGAAGCAAGUAAUAUUCUCUAAAAUUAUAAAAAAAGCACUGUGCGUAUUGUUGCUAGCUGGAAAAGGUGCCCAGCAGCUUCGUUUAUUGGUGGCAUCAGUGCUAGCCAGGUUUCGUGCUCUCUCUGCAACUAAGGCAUCGACUUCGUCAUCAAUAAGACUAUUUAGUGUUUUUCUAAACGAUCUGAGAAACCGCAGCAUUGGAAAAGUGCUACUUGCAGGAGAUUACUGUAUUGUGCAAGCCAAAGAUAGUUACAAGACUUACAAGGUGCUGAUGCCACCAAGAACAAACAAUUCAAUUCUUCUUGACGCUCUGAUACGAUCUGGAGUCGACUUUGGCUCCAUGGCGCCAUCUACAUCCAGCAAAUUAGCGCCCUUGGCUAUAGCUAUCAUGCCCUUCCUGUACUUAGGAUUAACGUACAAGAUGCUUCGCAAGAUGUAUCAUACCGAUGCUGGAGCAGUUGGCAUUGAUGGCGCAAGAAAAGAGUUGGAGGAGGUCGUGGAAUUCUUACGACAUCCAGCCAAGUACCAAGCAAUUGGUGCCAAAGUUCCAAAAGGUGUACUACUUUGUGGACCUUCAGGAACUGGCAAGACGCUACUUGCUAGAGCAGUCGCGUCAGAAGCAGGAGUUGCGUUUCUCUUUUGUUCAGCUUCUGACUUUGUCGAGAUGCUUGUUGGUAGAGGUGCAGCUCGAGUACGGGAUCUUUUCACGCAAGCUUCACAGUAUCCGCAAUGUAUCAUUUUCAUCGACGAGAUUGAUGCGCUAGCUAAAGCGCGUGGUGGGAUUAAUUCAAAUGAUGAACGAGAGCAAACGCUUAACCAAUUGUUGACAGAGAUGGAUGGGUUCGAAGGAAAUGCUAGCGGAGUUAUAGUGAUUGCAGCGACAAAUCGACCAGGAGUGCUCGAUCCAGCACUUUGCCGCCCUGGGCGCUUUGAUCGCCACGUGUAUGUGGGUUUCCCUGACGUCAAAGGACGUGAGGAUAUAUUGAAGGUACAUUGUCGCCAUGUGCGGCUUGAUAGCGAUGUAGACCUGUCUGUUGUGGCUCAAAAAUGUGGCCAAAUUGGACAAUGCUCAGGGGCUCAGCUUGCAAGUCUAGUUAAUGAAGCUGCGUUGCUCGCCGUACGUCACGGCCAUACAAAUGUCAAAUUUGAGCAUUUUGAGCAAGCAAUGAAUCGCGCUUAUGAGUCUCAGACACGUCGAUUGGCAGAUUCGUCGAUCAAGAUGAAGAUGGAGAAUGACUUGUGA